AUGGCAACAUUGAGCAUUGGCGAGGCAGAUACCAAGGAUGUUCUUGACUCUGAAAAAAUUUCAGAUCGAACCUCUGUUGAUUCUUCCCAGGAUUUUAUUGACGAGAAGGCAUUGGCUGAAAAAGCUGAGGCUGUAGCUCUUCAGGUUAUUUCUACCCGCGAUGAUCCUGACCUACCUAUCUUAACAUUUCGCGUCGCUCUAUUGGGCCUUGGCCUAAGUGUUUUCUCAUCGGUUCUCUCUACCAUAUACACCUUCAAACCCCAGAAUGCUACCGUUUCGCAAUUGUUCUGUCUGAUAAUUGCGUACGUUCUGGGAAUUGGCAUGGCGGCCCUUCCGUCUCACGGCGCAUGGAGGUACAUCAACCCAGGGCCUUUCAACAUCAAAGAGCAUACUGUCAUCGUCAUUAUGUCUUCGACCGCAUCUAGUGUAGCAGUGGCGAUGGAAGUUAUAGCUGCACUUGAUCUUUUCUACGAUCUACGCCUUAACUCUGCUGUGGCCGUGUUUUCUAUUUUUUCUACCCAAAUGCUAGGUGAGUGGAGCUCCCAUGUUUUGAGAACAUUUUUGGUUUACCCUACCUACGCUUUCUACCCGUCCUACAUAUCGGUAGUCAACUUGCUCCAAAGCUUACACUUCGGAGGAGCGCUCAAUAUGAAAAGGAGAAGGUUCUUUUGGAUUGUGUUUGCUGCAAUUUUCUUCUGGGAAUGGAUCCCGCAGUACGCGUUUCCUCUUCUUACUGCCAUCUCUGUGGUAUGCAUGGUCGAUAAUGGCCGUCACGACUUCAUCCGCAAUCUCUUUGGUGCAGGAUCUAGUAAUGAAGGACUUGGACUCCUAUCUUUCAGUACAUCCUGGACGCUAAUCACUCAAGGCACCCCUCUCGUAUGGCCCCUUCAGACCCGUGGGUACAUAUAUAUCGGAAUGGGCCUAGGAUAUCUUUUCCUGACUGGGGGCUACUACCUGAAUGUCUUUAACGGUCGGAGCAUACCGUUCAUGUCCACCUCCUUGUUCGGCGAAGAUGGCGCCAGCUACAAUCAAUCGGCUGUCAUUGACUCAGAUUUCAAGCUCAAUACCGAUGCUUUAGCCACCAUAGGCCUUCCACGGUACACGACAACAUACGCACUAUCUCAGUUAUUCUACAAUCUUUCGCUCGGUUCGGCAUUUACAUAUGUUGUAAUAUGGCAUUGGGCAGAAUUAAAGGCCGCAUUUGGAGGCCUAAAGUUCUUAAGAAGGGGCCACGCAGAUGUCGAUGAUCCUCAUUACAAAGCUGAAGUCCCUCAGUGGGCUUAUGGUCUGCUAUUCUUUGCUUCAUUGGCUGUAGGAAUUGGCUGCAGCUAUGCUGGUCCUCAUGGAACAGUGCUCAUUCCGGCAUGGAGCAUAAUUCUUUUCACAAUCCUGAGUUGGUUUGUGGCGAUAGUGUUAGGAUUCAUUACGGCGACCACCGGGUUUAGCAUAUCCAUCAAGUACGCGAUCCAGAUUAUUGCUGCAUUCCUUCACCCAGGGAAGCCGAUUCCUGUUAUGUACGCGAACCUAUUUGGUAACAGCACGUCGUUCCAAACUUUGUAUCUACUUCAAGAUCUCAAAUUGGGCCAAUAUACCAAAGUGCCGCCUAGAAUGACCUUUUUUGCUCAGAUGGCGGGGUCGAUCAUUGGCUCAAUUUUCAACUUUACCAUGAUGAAAAUCAUCGUUACCAAUAAUAGAGAAGUCUUGAAAGAUCCUAUAGGAACUCGCAUUUGGAGCGGAUGGGUGAUUCAACAAUACAAUUCUGCAUCAGUAGCUAUGGGCGCUCUGGGAAAGGAGCUCUUUUCGUUCGGAAAACCUGCUGGAUAUUGGAUUAUUCCAUUUGCAAUGUUUUUGGGGAUAUUUCUUCCUUUACCAUUCUAUGUGGUAUGGAAGCUUUCGAAGCCAAACUCAAGGCUUGCGAGGGUUAUGAAAUAUAUCAAUAUACCGGUUAUUGCGCUUUAUAUGGGAUGGCUCCCUUACUCCGUUAAUGGACAGUGGUGGUCGUGUGUAGUGAUUGGCAUCUUUUCUCAAUGGUGGCUCAGGACAAGGCGCCCUCGCUGGUUUGUGAAGUACAACUACCUCAUGUCGGCAGCCCUCGAUGGUGGCAGUCAAGUGAUCCUUUUCAUACUGUCUUUUGCAGUAUUUGGUGCGAGCGGAAAUGCUAUCUCGUUCCCGACGUGGUGGGGAAACAGUGAUACAUUAAGUGUCGACAGGUGCGACUGA